UUACCCGUAGAUCAGCAAGUGGCUUCUUUUCUCUCUUCUCUCCGGCCCUAACACAGUUUCUGAUGGAGCUUUCUUACCAGACCCUAAAAGUCACGCAUCAGGCACGGGAAGCGUGCAAGGUGAGGACAGAAGCACGGCGGAAAAAUCUCCUUAUUUUGAUUUUGCAUUACUUAACACAAGAAGGAUACAUCGAUACAGCUAAUGCUUUGGAGCAAGAAACUAAACUGGGGUUACGACGCUUUGAAGUUUGCGACAACGUUGAUCUUGAAACUAUUUUGAUGGACUAUGAGAGCUAUUAUUUUGUAAAAUUUCAGAAAUACCCCAAAAUUGUCAAGAAGGCAUCAGACAGAGCAGAAAAUAAUUUAACACCAGGAAGUGGAAGGAAUACCAGAAGGGUGAUGAGUGACAGCUGUCAAAAUCUUCCCAAGGUCAGUCAGCUGAGGCCACGGUCCAAAACCAUGGCGGGGAAGCCAGGGGAAGCCAAACACCUCCAUAAGGAACACCCUAAACAGGAGGCUGUCAACACUCGGGCGGAGGGCGCUGACUUUGGCUUAAAUAUAUCAGGAAUCAGAGGCAAUGGAGGAGAUGCCCGUCCACACAAAGGCCAAAUCAUUGACUUCCGAGGGCUGCUCACAGACGCUAUCAAAGGAGCAACCAACGAGCUUGGCUCGAACAGCUUCGAUUGCAACCCAGACCCCUCAGAACGGCUGCUGAAACCUCUGAGUGCAUUUAUUGGCAUGAACAGUGAGAUGCGAGAACUGGCAGCCGUGGUGAGCCGGGACAUUUAUCUCCAUAAUCCAAACAUAAAGUGGAAUGACAUUAUUGGACUCGAUGCAGCCAAGCAGUUAGUCAAAGAAGCUGUUGUGUAUCCUAUAAAGUACCCACAACUGUUUACAGGAAUUCUCUCCCCCUGGAAAGGACUACUGCUCUAUGGCCCUCCAGGUACAGGAAAGACUUUACUGGCCAAAGCUGUGGCCACAGAAUGCAAAACAACCUUCUUUAACAUUUCUGCAUCUACCAUUGUCAGCAAAUGGAGAGGGGAUUCAGAAAAACUUGUUCGGGUGUUGUUUGAACUUGCUCGCUAUCACGCCCCCUCCACCAUCUUCCUGGACGAGCUGGAGUCGGUGAUGAGUCAGAGAGGCACUGCUCCUGGGGGAGAGCACGAAGGAAGCCUUCGGAUGAAGACAGAGCUGCUGGUGCAGAUGGAUGGGCUGGCUCGCUCAGAAGAUCUUGUGUUUGUCUUAGCAGCUUCUAACCUGCCCUGGGAGCUGGACUGUGCCAUGUUACGCCGCCUGGAGAAGAGGAUUCUGGUUGAUCUCCCCAGCAGGGAGGCCAGGCAGGCCAUGAUCCACCACUGGCUGCCCCCGGUGAGCAAGAGCAGAGCCCUGGAGCUGCGCACAGAGCUGGAGUACAGCAUGCUGAGCAAAGAGACUGAGGGCUACUCAGGCUCAGACAUUAAGCUGGUCUGCAGGGAGGCAGCUAUGCGGCCUGUGAGGAAGAUCUUCAAUGCACUUGAAAAUCACCAGUCAGAGAGCAGCGAUUUACCUGGGAUCCAGCUGGACACAGUGACCACUGCCGACUUUUUGGAUGCGUUAGCUCACACCAAGCCUUCAGCAAAGAACCUGACUCAGAGAUACUCAGCCUGGCAAAGUGAGUUCGAGUCUGUAUGAAAUCACAUUGACCCUGACCUGGCCACAAAGACAACCACGUAGGCCUUCUGGUUUAUCAGUGUAAGUGGAAGGACAUGAUUGGAAUAAGAAAAAAUUGUUCUUGAAGACUGAAUUAAUUUGGACAACUAUUGCUUUGGAACUUUGAGAUAUUUUCAUUAAUUUUUCAUAUUUGAUGUCAGCAAAAUAUUAAAGAUUUCAAUUACAGGCAGAUGGGCUACUAGGUCAUACAAUGGAGACUUUUCUUACAAUUAGACUCAACGAAAUUUUGAUUAACAAUUUCUUGCAGUGUU